AUUGCCCUGAAAAGCAGCUGGAAAGCAGUCCUCAAACCCUGUCUGUGCUAAGCAGAGGACAGCCAGCCACGCCACUUGCUUUAGCCUAGAACCACCCCAAGCCCCGGAGGUACACUGGCGCUUGAACUGAUUUUCCAGAGGCAGCAUGGACAUCAAGGAGUAUUUUGCCAGAAUUUCUUACUGGGGCUCCCACAAUAAGCCAGACCUGGCUACCAUGUCAGCUAUUUUCCAGCACCACAUCCAAGCUGUCCCUUUUGAAAACCUCAGCAUCCACUGCGGAGAAAGCAUUGAGCUGAACCUGGAAGCGACCUACAACAAGAUUGUGAAGAAUAAUCGUGGGGGCUGGUGCAUGGAAAACAACUACCUUCUGUCUUGGGUCCUGAAAACUCUUGGCUACAACGUCACCCUUCUGGGAUCAAAAGUUUAUGUCCCAGAGCUCGACAGCUACCCAGAUGAAAUUGAUCAUCUGCUGCUACAAGUGGAGCUUGAGGGAAAAUCCUACAUUGUGGAUGGGGGGUUUGGGAUGGCCUACCAGCUGUGGCAGCCAAUGGAGCUGAUUUCAGGGAGAGAUCAGCCUCAGACUCCCGGGGUGUUUCGUUUUCAGGAGGAGAGUGGGACCUGGUACCUUGAGAAGGUGAAAAGGAAGCAGUUGGUUCUCAACCAAAGCACCUCGACUCCCCAAAAUGUGGAAAAUGAAGCUUGCCGUCGGAUUUAUCUCUUUACCCUUCAGCCACGAGACAUUGAGGAGUUCAGGGGCUGCAAUGCCCACCUGCAGACAGCUCCUGACUCGCUCUUUGUGACCAAGUCCAUCUGCAGCCUGCAGACUGCCGACGGCAUCCGGGCACUGGUGGGGUGGAAACUCACUGAGAUAAAGUACAAUUAUAGGGACAAUACGGAUCUUGUGGAAAUCAGAACCCUUGCAGAUGAAGAAAUAGAGAAAACACUGAAGGAGAAAUUCAAUAUAACACUAGACAAGAAAUUUGUACCUGUCAAUACGAGCAGGUUGUCUCUGUUCUAACUCACUGCCUGAAUUACAGUUCAAUUCAGUGGCAUUACAGGCAAUUCUUCCCUCUCUUUCUGACAAGCAUCCAAAGGUUAAUCUUUCUCCUUCCACCUACACCAGUGUAAGGCAGAACAUACUAGCAUGGAUCUGAAAAAUAAAUGGAUUUUCACAACUAUUCCUGCAUUUCUUUUUAGGUUGGGUACAAAUAAUUUCUGCCUAGCUCAAUCAAAUCAUUGCCCUUCUGUUUGUGCUUAGUGGGAAGCAGACUCAGCCCAUUCCCUACUCCUUUCGUCUCUUAAAAGCUUUUCUAAAUGCACCCAGUGUAGCUGGGCAGAAUGAUGGAGCUGUAUAUCUUUGUCUUUAUUACCUGGUGCUUCCACCUGGGGAAAAUCAUACCUGCCUCUUAAAUGAAUACUAUAUUAUUUUGGGAAUAUAAUAGCCAAAAAACCACAAAGACGUCCUGUGCUGAGUUUCUCCAGUUAAGCCACAAGCCUGUUCUUUUUGCUCUCAUAUCCACAACACCCUCUCACGUGGCAGUCAGGCCAUCUCACACCUGUGCAAACUCACCAUGUGAGUGCUUGAGGAUAGGUUAUUUACCAUUUAGAACUGAUGAUAAGAAAUGUGUUGUUUCAGACUUUGCACAGCUCCUGGUCUCUCGGUGACAUAACCAAAGAGCAGCAUUUCUCUGAACUGGAAGCAUCUCCUGAGCGUUUUGUUUGCUCGCACUCAGCAGCAGACUGCUGGGAAUACACAUUCCUCUCAGCAGACUCUACUCCGGGUGUCAUUGCACCUUAAUUAUUAUGGCUGAACCCAAACACAUGCACAGAAUGAUUUUUCUGAAACAUAUCUGUUCUACUCAGGAUGUGUUUGCAGUGAUAUUAAUUACACUGAUAUAAGGAGAAACUAUGAAUCUUAAUCACAUACCUAACGGCUAAGAUUUCUAGUAGGAGAAAUUACUCAAAUGUGACCAUUUUGCCCUUUGAGAAGGUGCUUGAUGUUCCUUUAUGUACAAAUCUUGGAAGCAUUACAACUAUGCACUUAUAAUUAAGCAAAUUAUAUUAGUGAAUUACAAUUAAAUAAAAAAUCAAGCACUGUGAACUAGAAUUAUUCAGAUGUUUUUUUCCCCCUAAAUUACAGCAUGUAUUCCCAAAGUAAAAAGAAAAAGUUAUUAAUCACUGAAAUUGUCCUGAUUAUUUGUAUGUGCUAAUAUUUUCCAGCUAAGUCUUUUAAAAACACAAUAACUCACUGAACCUUUUUCACUUGCUAUGCAGCACGUGCAGCUUUCUAGAACUAGCAGUUUAAAUUUAAUAAAAGCUGCUAUUCUGCAUGUUCAAAAUGUAUUUCUUAGAGACACAGCAAGCUCCUGACACGCCUGUCUUCCCAGAGUCGAAUUCACUUACAUGUGCUUGGCUGCAGGGGUGCAAUAGUUCUUUAUAGCACAUGAGGCCCUCCCAUCCUAUGAGAAAAUGAAAUGUGGUUGUAAAAGAAAGAGAGGCUUCUUAUGGUGUGGACCAGCAGCUUGCAAUACAAAUGCUCAGAAGAAAUUGUCCCAGGAUCUGGCUUGUUUAUGACCUGUGUUUUUCUGUGGCUCCCAAAUUAGUGUGAGAGCUGAUGGAGCUAAACUCAGUGGGACAGCAGGGAUGAAGCAUUGGGAUGCAGGUGAAAAUCCAGGCAGGUCUUGCAAAGCUGUGUGGCAGGAGAAGAUCCACACACAGCCGAGAAUCUCCUAUGUUUGUGGGAACAAACAUAGGAAACACCUAAAAAGGGCUGUGCCCACUCCUCUCUCCCUGUGUCAGAGUGUUUCCUGGACUUUGUGGGGUUCCAUAGGCUGAGGGGAAUGAGUCCAGAGCUGUAAAAUCAGACCUUUAAGAUCAGAGUAGGGUGUUAUGUCCACUGCCCCUGAGAUGCUGUGUGUGGAGGGCAGGAACAGGGAAAGCUGCUUUUCCUUCUGCUGACUUAUUUUCUGGAGCAUGUGCCCAGGAGCUGCCCCUGCACAGCCCAGCUCAGUGCUCCUGCUCACCUACAGAGGCACAGUGUACUGCUGACCAAUGCAAUGAAACUUGCUGUUGGAAGGGAACAAAAAAAGGGAAAAA